UGCUCUCAGUGGUGAUUAGUUAUUUGCAACUUAGUAACUUAAGGCAAGUAAAAGAAAGACAGUCACAACUAAUAUUCAAACUUUCAAUUAUGCUUGUCUUCUUCGGUUGUGCCAAAUUAGUGCUAGGGCAUUACAACAAACCUUGGCAUGCCUUUAAAAACCUUUGGUGGUUGCUGCCAGUGUGAUCCAUCACACAAUUAUCUUGCACUACUUAUUAUGUCUUACUGGAUCAGACUUUAACCAAAUUGAAUUUUAUCCAUUUUUCUGGUUUUGGGAGUGGGGUUGAAGGAUACUAUGUUUCUUCCUAUCAUUGAUUCAAUGAAGUCCUUCUUAAGGGCUUGUGUAAACCACGUUUCUUUACUAGCUUUUUUAAUCACAUUUCCAUAUUCAUUUCUUCCAUCCUUAUUUUAGUUGAUGCUAGAGGGGUGGCACAUGAAACAGUCCCGUACUACCAAGUGGCAAGGCUGUGGUGGGGGAAGAGAGAUGCGUAGAGUCUCUAAUCUUUAAGCUGCUUGUUUAUUUAGGAGAUUAUUUAUCUGGUGGCUAGUUGUUGUUAAAUUAACUUCUAAUGUGUAGUACCUUGACUGCUGUUUUACUCCAAUUAACAAUAGUCUAAAUAAAUUAAGGUGAGAAUUUCUUUUCCCUUUUAAUUUUUACAAAUGGUUCUGGAGACGCUAUUGUAAAACUCUAGUCUGUAGCACCAGUAUGCAUCCUGAUUAUUUGCUUGUCACAUGUAGCUUAAGCCAGCUGGUCCUUGAUUUAUAUCUUUGUUAACACUCUUAAAAAUUUGCCCCACAGGUUGUUAAAGUUGCCGACUUUGGUGUUGCUAGGAUGCAAACUCAAGGUGUGAUGACUGCAGAAACUGGAACAUAUCGCUGGAUGGCUCCAGAGGUUGGUAUCCUAAUUAAAUAAUUUAGCAAAUGGGUAUUGAAGUUUUUGGUUACUAUGUUUAAGAGAAGGCAGGUUUGGAUCAUCAAAUUCCAUGAGUUAAGUGCUUCAUAUGUGAUAUGACCUCGACAGCCUUUAAUAACCUUAGGUGUAAUGAACCACAUGUGAGAUUGUAACUAUCAUUUGCCUUUGCUAGUUUUUCUCCAUCUCUCUCUGACAUGAUUACUGGGUAUCAAUGCAUGGAAGGUGAUUGAACACAAGCCAUAUGAUCAUAAAGCUGAUGUUUUUAGCUUUGGGAUUUUGCUAUGGGAACUGCUAACAGGAAAGGUGAUGCUUUCACUAUUUUUUACAGGAAAAAAAUGGGAAGCAAUUUU